UCGUCUGCUAAUCUUUGAACACAGGAACUUUUUUCUUCUUCAAAUUCGUCAAAUCGACAAAUCUGUUUUAAUUAAAAUGGAAGAUUCCCGGGAUAGCUCGUCGCCUAAGAAGAGCCCAACUAAACCGAGGAGUCCUGUCAAAAAGGCGAAACGCGUAAGGAAAGCUGUAAUUGAAAGAGCUCCAAUCACGACACCAGCCACAUUAAGGAAAACGAAAUGCGAAAACAUUACCAACGUUUGGACUGAAGAGAAUUUGAGCAAAAUCAUUGAUUACGUGAGAAAGAAUGGAUUUCAUGGAGAGUAUGAGGAAGUACGGAAAAUGUUCCCUAUCAAUGCGAUUUCAGAAGUUGGCCUGCAGAAAAUUUUCAUGAAUAUGAGCACAUGGGCUGAACCUGUAAAAGAGGAUCCCGAUGAAAGUGUUGAGAUAAAGCGCAGCGACCUUACACCUUCUCCCAUUGAGGAAUGGAUCUCUGCUGUAAGGGAAUCUGUUGAAGUCCAACGAUUUGGGUUCAACCCCUCUGUGAUGCUCAAGUGGAUUGCCCUGUUUGAGGAGCACCCCGAACCAAGCUCCUGUUGUGAUGUGGACUACAAAGCCAUUUACUUGUACCUGUCGUCACUCUCAGAGGGCAACAUUCCUCCGCAACUGAACCCGCAAAGUGCUUUGAAACUGAUGGAAAUGUCCGACGAACUAGUCCGGGUCAUCAGGGCCUCGGCGUGUGAAUCUCAAGAACUGGUGCGUAAGACGGCGAAACUGGCCAUAGUCGUCCAGCCAAUCCAGCGGGAUGAAAAGAACCAACUACUCAGAGACAGGCGACGCACAGAGUGGACCGAAGAAGAGAUGGAGCUCAGAACUCUAGUCCAAUCAGAGGAUCUCGAUGUAGUCAAGAAAGUUUACUGCGAUAAAACCGGCGUAAAUCCUUUCUCGUUCCCUCCCGAAGUCUAACACAAGCACACGUUCGCCUUGUUGUUUUUUUUUUUCUUUUUCUCUCCUCCCGGCGUCAUGUUCACAAUUUCGAAAGCUUGUCUCUUCAUUCACCAAUACAAUGCCGACAUUUUCUUAGA